UCUGUGAAUAUUAUUUUUCUCAAAUAUAAUAAUAAUCUCUCUAUGGGUCAUGAUCACCUGCUGGCUGCACAAGUUGACUUGCUUAGCAGAAGGAGGCGGUGGGAUAAAAACAUGGAACGGAACAGAACAGAAGAGGUGAUUUCAGUUUCCAAGAGGAUGAGGCAGCAGACAGCGCGGGAGGGACGUCGCCACGCCGGAUGCCGCCCGCCUCCAUUAUGUCAGGCAUGAGCGAAGCCGUCGUUGGCCUCUGCCAUGCCGCUGCCUAGAUCUUCCCCCCCUCCCCCGGUCCACGGCUCGCCCUCCCAGGAAACUGCUGGUAGUAUAGAGCGGCGAUGGAGGCGGAGGAGCUGCUGAGGAAGAUACGGGAGCUGGAGGAGGGCCAGGCCGAGCUCCUGCGGGAGAUGGGCAGGCUCGCGCCGGAGCGCCGCGGCAGUGGCGGCGCGCAGCGGGCGGCGGACCGCCGCCGCCGCCCGCCUUCCCCCGCGUUGCCGCCGCGGCACCCCUCCUUGUCGCGCGCGCUCCCGGACUCGUCGCCGCGGCCGCUCCGCGACAACCGAGCCAGGCUCUCCGACAGGCACUGCCACUGGAUACUGCAGUCGCUGGGCCAGGCCGUGCACAUCAUCGCGCCCGACGGCAAGCUCCUCUACUGGAACCGGUAUGCUGAGCAUAUGUAUGGCUAUUCUGCAUCAGAAGCAAUUGGCCAAGAUGCUGUCGAAUUAAUUGUUCAUCCUACUGACUUUGAUGCAGCAAACAUCAUUAUCCAGAAUAUAUUCAUGGGGAAGUGUUUUAGGGGAAAGUUCCCCGUUAAAAACAAGUCAGGGGAGAGGUUCUUUAUUGUUGUCCAUAACACUCCUUUAUAUGAUGACGAUGGUAGCUUGAUUGGCCUCAUAUGUCUCUCGCUUGAUGUACGAACAUUGGAGGAGAUAUUUUGUCCUUCCGUCACAGAGAAUUCCUAUCAAAAUUCAGCAAAGCCCCAUUUUCAUGUUAACAGCCGGAUUGAAAGUGGUUCACAAAACAAAGGUUCUUUUGACUCCCAGCGACCUCUUCAAUCUGCUAUCACCUCCAAGAUAACAACUUUUGCCACCAAGCUUACAAGUAGAGUCCCUUCUCGGACAAGGACAGGUCAGAAUUGGGAGAGACAGUGUGCUAGUGGCUCUGAGGAUCAAUAUUCUGAACAUGAUGUUAGGGCGGACCUGACAUCAAGUGAGGCAAGCACCCCAAAUGAGGAUGUACAGUCUGGUGUCUUUGCUGCUGUAGAGAAAUCCCCUGGGCAGUUGAGCAAAACAAGUACUGAUGAUUCAGGAGAAGGAAAAGUAGGGUUUCACAAAAUGUUCAGUUCAGAGCCCGAGGAAUUGCUGGCCAAGAAGGGGAUAUCUUCCUGGAAAGGGCGUGAAAAUGAUGGGGGUUCUGGAAGGAGUAACAUAACCUCAACACAUUUGCAUGAUAAGCAAGAGAAUGACCAGAGUCAUCAGAGAGUUCCAGUUCUAGAGCCCAUCAUAAUUCCAGACUGCCAAGACAGUGAAUACGCCCAGUCAGGUUUCUGGUGGACUUUUAACAACACCAGUAGUAUGAGCAGCACAAGUACUAGUGGCAGUCCUAUCGAGAGAGUGGAUUAUGAAGUAGACUGCUUACAUUAUGAGAUUCUGUGGGAAGAUCUAGUAAUUGGAGAACAAGUAGGUCAAGGUUCUUGCGGAACAGUGUAUCAUGCUUUGUGGUAUGGCUCGGAUGUGGCAGUUAAAUUGUUCUCCAGGCAGGAAUAUUCAGAAGAAAUGAUAAAUACCUUCAGACAAGAGGUAUCAUUGAUGAAGAAACUACGACAUCCCAGUAUAAUACUUUUCAUGGGCGCAGUUGCAUCACACGAACGACUUUGUAUUGUAACAGAAUUCCUCCCACGAGGGAGUUUGUUUCAGUUGCUUCGAAAGAACACUAGCAAGCUGGAUCCAAGACGGAAACUUAACAUGGCCAUAGACAUCGCAAGAGGCAUGAAUUAUCUUCACAAUUCCAUCCCCGCUAUUGUGCACCGUGAUUUAAAAUCAUCAACUGUUGAUAAAAAUUGGACUGUAAAGGUUGCAGACUUUGGUCUUUCGCGUCUCAAACUCGAAACAUUUCUGACAACAAAAAAUGGAAAAGGAACACCGCAGUGGAUGGCUCCAGAAGUGUUACGAAGUGAACCUUCAAAUGAAAAGUCUGAUGUAUACAGCUACGGAGUGGUCCUGUGGGAGCUUGUUACCCAGAAGAUACCAUGGGAUACUCUCAAUCAAAUGCAGAUUAUCGCAGCUGUGGGUUUCAUGGACCGUAGACUGGAAAUUCCGAGCAACACGGAUCCUCGGUGGGCAUCAAUCAUCAAGAGUUGCUGGAACAGUGACCCGCAGCGUCGCCCUUCGUUCCAAGAGCUCCUGGACAGGCUCCAGGAGCUGCAAAAGCAGUAUGCGAUGCAUGCUCAGACGCGGCGGCAAGUGGCUGGGAAAGAUGCUGGAAAGAUGAGCGUUGAAGAUUGCUAGCUGUCAUUUUAGCACGGUUGGUUCGUUGGGCGCGAGCUGAGAAGGCUGAGGUAUGUUUUCCAUGUUAUUUUCGAGAGGAGGAACCAUGGCCGGAGCAGAAAUGCACUGUUUGGGAUCGCAG